AUGAUUGAAGAUCCAAAUGUGAAAGAAAGGGCCCUUGCUGAGUUGCUUAAUGAUUUGCAUAUAAAGUUGGACUUAGAACUUAGAAGAGGACAUAUGCAAACAAUGGCAAAGAUCACAUUCUCCAUUUUCAUCUUCAUCCCUUCCAUCGGUUUGUCACUUGCAGCUGAUACUUUGGGCACAAACUGGUUCAUCAGGUAUGGAGAAACAUUGAUUUCUUCGGACCUAACCUUUGAACUAGGAUUCUUUACUCCUGGGAGUUCGAGUAUGAGCUACUUGGGUAUAUGGUACAAGUUCAGUCCCGAAAUAGUUGUGUGGGUGCCAACAGUUGCUAACAGAAACAACCCGCUAGCCGAUCGUGACGGUGUCCUGACAUUUAGCAAUUUUGGAAAUCUAGUUGUUCUCAACCAGUCAAAUGCUGUUGUUUGGUCUUCCAAGUCGUCCAGGGUCCUCUGGAAUCCAGUUGCGCAGCUCCUAGAUUCGGGAAAUCUUGUUUUUUGGGAUAAUUCCAGUUCCAGGUCUGAUGAAACCUAUUUGUGGCAAAGCUUCAAUUACCCGUCCGACACACUUUUAGCUAGUAUGAAGCUGGGGUCGAACUUGAAAAGGGGUCUCGAGCGGCGUCUGACUGCGUGGAAAAGCAUGGACGACCCUUCUCCGGGAGAUUAUAUCUAUGAGUUAAACAGCAGUCAAGGUCUACCUCAGUAUGACCUAGUCCAAGUGGAUGUGCAUAGAAAAGUAUUUCGAACUGGGGAAUGGAACGGAGUUCAAUUCUUUGAUGUUUCCUUUGCACCAAAUCCAGUUAAUGUGCUCAUGUUCGUGUACAAUGAAACUGAGAAGUCCUUCAUGUUUGAGGUUCAGAACAGUCAACUUUUGUUGAGAAUGACAUUAACCUAUUUGGGAGUGCUGCAGGUUUUUGUGGCGAAUAGAUCGAGAAGCGCUGUGUGGAAUGUCAUACACAAGUUCCCCAGUGGUUUGUGCGAUUCUUAUGGCAGGUGCGGAGCUAAUGCUGUCUGCAACAUUGGUUUGUGCGAAUGUGUGAAAGGGUUCAUGCCUAGGUCACCUGAUGAAUGGACUGUCCGUGAUUUUUUGAGAGGAUGCAAGAGGACGAUACCCACGGAUUGUUCGAAAGGAGAAGGGUUCUUGGAAGUUAAAAAGGUUAAACUGCCGGACCUGUUGGAGGUUACGGUGAACAAGAGUAUGAGCCUUAAGGAAUGCAAGGAGGAGUGCUUGAAGAACUGUUCGUGCACAGCUCAUGCUAAUUCAGAUAUCAGAGGAGGAGGCAGGGGCUGUAUCAUUUGGUUUGGGGACUUGAUCGACAUGAGAAUGUUCGAAGAACAGAACCACGGGCAAACACUAUACGUACGCAUAUCAGCUUCUGAACUAGGUAUGCAUACUUAUGCUUAUUAA